GGGGAGGCCAAGCCGGCGCCUUAGUGGGAGCCUUUGGGGUUUAUUCUCUGCCCUUCUAACUUGAUUAAGAAUGACCGAGAAGAAAUCGCAGCUUUGUUCCGGAGCCAAUGUGUAUACUCAAGUGCCUGACGGAGGGUGGGGCUGGGCAGUAGCUGUGUCUUUCUUCUUCGUUGAAGUCUUUACCUACGGUGUCAUCAAGUCAUUUGGCGUCUUCUUUAAUGACUUAAUGGACAGUUUUGAGGAAUCUAAUAGCAAGAUCUCAUGGAUCAUAUCAAUAUGUGUGUUUUUCUUAACAUUUACAGCCCCCCUCUCCACUAUCCUGAGCAAUCGCUUCGGACACCGCCUGGUGGUGAUGGCGGGAGGCCUGCUGGUCAGCGCCGGGAUGGUGGUGGCCUCCUUCUCGCAGGAGGUGUACCACAUGUACCUCGCCAUCGGCAUCGUCUCCGGUUUGGGCUACUGCUUCAGCUUCCUCCCCGCCCUCACCAUCCUGUCCCAGUACUUUGACAAAAGGCGCUCGAUCGUCACCGCAGCGGCUUCUACGGGAGAGUGUUUUGCUAUGUUUGCUUUUGCACCAGCAUUCACGGCUCUGAAGGAGAGCAUCGGCUGGAGAUACAGCCUCCUCCUCGUGGGCCUGCUGCAGCUGAACAUCGUCCUCUGCGGGGCGCUGCUGAGACCCAUUCUCAUCAGGGGGCCGGGGUCACGGAAAACAACGGGACAGGAAAAUGCGAAGGAAGUGCAAUACAUGCUUGAAAACGAGAAGACACGCACCUCGAUAGACUCCAUCGACUCAGGAGUGGAACUAACUACCUCGCCUAAAAACGUGCCUGGGCACCCGGCCGUGGAACUGGAGCCGAAGGCCGACGUGGAGCAGCAGGCCCUGGAGACGCCCGGCCCCACGCGCGGCGCCGAGAAAGGGCCCCUGCUGGACUUCUCCGUCCUGAAGGAGAAGAGUUUCAUCUGUUACACGCUGUUCGGUCUCUUUGCGACGCUGGGGUUCUUCGCCCCUUCCUUGUACAUCAUUCCCCUGGGCAUCAGCCUGGGCAUCGCCGGGGACCGCGCCGCUCUGCUGUUAUCCACCAUGGCGAUCGCCGAGGUGUUUGGGAGGGUGGGAGCUGGUUUCGUCCUCCACAGCCGGCCCAUCCGUAAGAUCUACAUUGAGCUCAUCUUCGUCCUCUUAUUGACCGCGUCUCUGUUUGCCUUCACGUUUGCGACUGGAUUCUGGGGUUUGAUGUCCUGCAGCGUAUUUUUUGGUGUCAUGCUUGGGACCGUGGCGGGCACCCACAUCCCACUGCUCGCGGAGGAGGACGUGGUGGGCAUCGAGAGGAUGUCUUCUGCCGCCGGAGUCUACGUCUUCAUUCAGAGCAUAGCGGCGCUGGCUGGGCCGCCCCUGGCAGGGCUGCUGGUGGACCACAGUAAGGUGUACAGCAGAGCCUUCUACUCCUGCGCCGCCGGGAUGGCGGUGGCCGCGGGGUGCCUGGCGCUGGUGAGGCCGUGUGGGAAGGGCCUGUGCCGGCGCCACCGCCCAGGCGACGGGAAGGCGGAGAGCUACCGGGGGAGAGCUUUACAAGACAUCCCCGAAGACUUCCUUGAAAUGGACCUCGGGAAGCACGAGCAUAAAGCUCCUAUGAAGACGGAGCCGGAAUGACAGACAGGCUUUCG